AUGAUCCAUUUGAUCAGAAAUUUGUUUAUCUGUGUGGUUGAGGUUAUGAGCAUAGGAAGUUCAAGUGUUACAAAAUUUAUUUCAGACUAUGCAACUGUUCUGUUCUAUUAUUGCAAGAGUUUUUAUUACAUAAACGUAAUAACAACCAGUAUUCAAAAGAUGUUGAUUUUUGCUCUACGUACAGGACCUGUACCUGCCCAUGUUGCUUUUAUUAUGGACGGCAACAGAAGAUUUGCAAAGUCAAAAGAUAUUCCGUUGAGAAAGGGUCAUGAGGCUGGUGGGGAAACAUUACUCACACUGGUCUACAUAUGUAAAACAUUGGGUGUCAAAUGUAUUUCUGCAUAUGCAUUUUCUAUCGAAAAUUUUAAUAGGCCUCGAGAAGAGGUUGAAACAUUAAUGAAUUUGUUCGGCGACAAACUUGAUGAGUUUGCACAAAAGGCCAAUGAUUACAAGGAUCCUCUGUAUGGAUCAUCUCUAAGAAUAGUUGGAGAUAGGUCUUUAAUAAGCCCAGAACUUAGGGAAAGAAUUGAAAAUGUUGAGAAGCUGACGGAAAACAGUGAGAAGUUUAUUUUGUACAUAUGCUUCCCUUACACUUCCCGGAAUGACAUUUUCCAAACAGUAACUAAGGUUACGGACAAGUAUGUGCAAAGUAAUAUUAUAGACUCAAAUCUCUCAAUAAAUGAAUUUACUAAAAGCAUGCAUUUCAAAGAAUAUUCUGACAAUUGUGAUAUACUGAUUAGAACAAGUGGGCAUAAGAGAUUGUCGGACUUUAUGUUAUGGCAGGUCAACGAGCAUGCAACAAUGGAAUUUAGCACAUCUCUAUGGCCGCAGUUUAACUUUUUCCAAAUGUAUCUAAUAAUUUUGAGAUGGUCAAUGUUUAAAAUGUUUCAGAUAUACAAUAUGAAUAAUGUUAGUAAACACUCGAAAUUUGGUUCAAAGCUUUACAAACCAUAUAAAACAAUUCUGAAAUAUAUCUUCUCAGAAAGGCUCCCCGAUCCUCCAAUGGCAGUUCCCGUAACUAAUAGAUAA